AUGCCAAAUAUUGCUCAAGUCCCACUAACUCCAGAACAAGUAAGAUCAAGACAACUGACAGAGCUUCAACCAAUAAAAAUUUCCAAAGCGUCAACCAAUGAAGACGCUGUAACCUCACCAACAUUUCCUCUUUGCCAAUCAGCUUCGCAUAUUGUUGGACCAAUUAAAACUAAAAGGGCUAUGCAUAACAAACUCUCUAAACCAAAGUUCAUUCAAUUGUCUGAACAAGGAAACUCAAGACGUCUUUUCUUCCCUCCUCGCUCCUUGUCUUCCGUAACCCAGUGGUCACCUUUUCGUCAAUUAGAGGUUAGAUAUUCCAUUUAUCGGUCAUUCUCAGCAGAUAACAUGUGUUUCUACACGAAGCAUUCUAAAAAGAAAUCAUCAUCCACUUCUAAGAAACCGAAAGAGAAACAAAGACGAAAUUCUGAUUCGGUGUUAUCAAACAAAUCGAAGUCUGAUCUUUUAUGCAUCCUCUCCGGUCUCAGAUUUCCUAAGGGAAAACAGAAGGAAGGAGGAAAACAAAAAACUCCCAAAGUCAUCAAAUCUUUCUCUCCAGAAAGCGACCUGACAAAAAUUGAAACUAAUGCUCUACAUGGACGGUGCCUGCAAGUUCAGGUUGAAGACGAAAGUCCUGUUGAAAGGCUUAUCCCAUAUGUUACCAUGUCAACAUCACCAACUAAACGAAAGACAAACACGUUGACCAGUGGUAAUCGAACGAGAACAAGGUGGGACUCAGGAAUAGCAAGUAACUAUAGCCUCGGAUCUUCAGAAGUCAGCACCUCCAAUCCAAGUCUGCACCUACAUCACGAUCUUCAACAGGCUGCAAUUGCUUCUCCCCAAUCUUUCUUAUCUAUCUCCUCACCACCUUAUCUUGACGGGCAGUUUUCUGCUUGGACGCAAUCCAGAAAUCUAAAAUCUAGUCAUUAUAUUUCUUCAUAUCAUAGCAUAGAGGCACAGCGUGAAAAUGAUCUGGAAUAUUCGUUGAAAUUUGCAGAUGAGGAAAAUUUGGCUGAUACGACAAUUCUUUCAGAUAAAUCUGGAAUGUGUGAAAGUAGUCCUUUCAUAAAACCAGGUAUUCCUCCUCUAAAGAAUUCAAUGCCCAUGGAGAAAGAAAUAACGCCCGUGAAAACUGAAUCCCGAUUAAACAAACGAAUAACUAACCCAGAUUCAGAAGCAUCGACUGUUUCAGCAGGAGAUUCUGCAGUUUCCGUGGAAUUUUUCCAAAAGCUACCUAAUGAUUUUAUCCUUCAAGCGCAAGAGGAGAGCCUUGAGCACGCUAUUAAGCCUCAAAUAUCUCGAUAUGAUCAAAGAACUCCCCCAGAGGUUACUUCUGACAUUUCUGAUAAGCAUAGACUCAAUUCUACUGAAGCAACUGUGGUCGACAAUGCGGAUUUCGUCAUUCAGAAUAAAGCGGAUUCUAUCCAACAAACGGUACCUCUUGAUAUUCAAAAUCCAAUGAGAUCGAUUGAUGGCGUUGACUCUUGUGCUCAUCAAUCAAUAUUUUCGUGUGCCGAAACUGUGAUCUACGAAGGGCAUACCUUGUCAAUGGACGAACAUAAUGCAUCUCUAAUUGAUUCGUCAAAUCAUCCAACCGAAGUUAAUGACGUAAAACUGGAUGUAAGUCAAGAAAUUGAUUAUGCAAAUGAGAAUCAAACGUUGGAAAGAAAUUACAGCUUAUCUUCAAACUUAAACUCAGAAAUAGCAGAAAAAGUCUUUACACCAGAGAAUUCCCUUGAAACACCUGUGAAUACACCUGGUGGAACUAGUCCCUAUGAGUCAACUGACUUUCAGAUUGAUGAACUAUUUCUAAAUAAAUCAACUUCUCAACUAAGUCGAAAUAAUUCAUCAGAGUUUGAAGAAAUGACGAUGAGAGAGAACGAAUCGGCGGCUAAUUCUUUGUCGAACCUGAAACGUGAAUCGACAGUUGGUGAUCAACCCAUUUUGAAAAUGGUAGAGGCUGAUUAUAAAAACUAUACUACCGAAACCCUUCCACAUAUGAGUCGAAAUGCCUCAAGAUCUUUCGAAGUAUCUAAAGAUUCAGGCCUUCAUUCAAUUUGCGGUACGGAUACUACAUCCUUUGGGCAUUCUUCUCUUUACAAAGAGGACCUUAUCUCUCAGUCAGAAGUUCCCAAGACAAACGAUACAUGCAAUAUAAGUCAGGUUCAAAAAGGAAUAGUCUUUGCAGCAGUAAUAACCGGUGAUCACUCAAUAUCCAACGAAGAACCACACCAAGAGAUGCAUACUCUAAAUGAAAUGCCAAUAAUGGAAAAUGCGACGGAUUCUGGAAUUCAUUCUGCAGUUAGUACGCUUCGAAAAAGCACAGCGUCUACACCCGCAUUUGUAACCGACGAAAUCGACCAAGAUUUGGAUAACUCUGAACGAAUAUCUGAGUUAGUGAAUCAAGAAACAAUUGAAAUAACUCCGCAUGUUCAUCAGAAAGUACCACUUUUCGAUGAUGUGCUUACGCCAAUCGCACUAGUUCAAGAAAGGCUUGUGUCUAUGCCACCACAAGAUUUAAAUGAAGAAAUUCUACCGGUGAACAAAUCUCAAAAUGAAUUAGAAACGAAGACAGAAGUUAAGGAAAUUUCUUUUAUUCAACCCAUCAUCACUACGAUUCAAGAAGUACCUCCUUUAGCUGCGGUACUAGAUAUGAAUGAAGAAAUUUUGCCUAUGAAUCAAGCACAGAUGGAACAUGAGAGAAUACCAGAAGCCAUUGAUAUUCAGCCUAUUCAAGAAGUACCUAUAUUUGCUGUCCUUUUCGAGAAAAAUGAUGAAAAGCUACUGAAAGGAAAAGAUUUAGAAGAAAAGAAUCAUGAUCCUAUUCGUCGAAGUGAAACUGCUGAAACAGAUGGAUUAAUCGAUAAAAGUUCAAAAUCUCUUACUCCAUUAAGCCGCCGAUCUUCUGAAGAGAGCAUUUGGGAACAACGUCUUGAAAAGGAGCAAAAGGUCGAGGAGGAAAUAAAUUCUUCUACAAACAAUCGAUACAACUUUGAAGUCGAAAAACCGAAUACUCCGGAACUGUGUGAUAAGGAAGCUUAUGAAAUCGUCCGCGACAUGUUGAGAAGUUGUUCUCCUGAUACGCUAAAAAUUGUCCAAAGCGCAGUUCUAACGUAUGGUCCCCAUCGGAAAUUCGGAAAAUCGAUGGAGUGUAAUCAACCGAAUCUUAAGCAAGCGAUCGAAUCCACCACUGAGGAUAUCCAGCUCAAUUCCGAAAUCGAACCAAGAUCGCUUAGUCUUCUUUGGAAAACUAUUCCUCAAGUCUCCGUUGCCCUUAUUAAUUUGAGUACUGCGUAUAUUCCUCGGUAUAUCAGCACUAUCUACGACUACUCAAUCCCCCUAAUAAGACCUAAUCAUCCCGACAGAAAUCUUCAACAAUUAACAGCAUCAGUCCAAGAGGCCAUUCUGAAUCAUCCCCUAGGAGUACCUGUUCUAUUGGCCGGAACAACACUAAUCUCUCCCUGGGUAAUACGACAAUUUCCUCUGACCAUUUUGGCAACUUGUCAAGGAGCCCCAGAUGUCCUGCGUCGAUUGCUCGAACAACCUGGCAACUUCCUAGCAGAACACUUAACUGGCAUUUCGCAAGUAUUCCAAGCCACACCGACUUGGUCCGCGUUCGCGAUUAUUGGUAGCCGACGUACACACUGGCAAAGCAUUCGUCCUACUACUUAG